CGUUUACUUUCACAUUGAGCGUAGAGAAGCAUGCCUUUCCUAAAAAUGAGCUAUUUACAUUCCAAAAACAUCUCAUUAUUUUCCAAACGUUUUGGGAAUUUGAUCAGACAACAAUACAGAAACAAAAGCGGGAAACAGAGGCGAUGGACACAAAAAUCAAAAGAACUAUCCGGUACAAAUAAAGCACUGGAGCACUUUGACAUAUUUUAUAAGCCGGUAUAUAAAGACACUUGGCCGUCUAUCAGGAUAUCACUACUGACCACUAAUAAAUAUUGUGCUUUAAUAAACAACUAUGGAGACGUUGAAAGAGCUAGAGACACGCUAAGCCAGUUAGGAGCUUGUGAUAUAUUAGAGGAGGCAUCAGAAGCUUUACAAAGCACUCAGUCACCUGAUGCGGAGGCUGGGGAGGGUUUCAAUUUUGCAAGGGAAACCACAAAAAAAUCUACAAAUGAAACUGAUGAUGCUGCAGAAAAUGAUGAAGUUGAGGAGCCACCUACAGAAGACGAGGAAUUACUUACUUUAUUGAGAUACGAAAAGAAUACAAGUUUAGAUAAUUUUGUUCCUGUAAAAAGAGUGUAUACAGAAAAAGAACUGAUUGAACAAGAAGAUUUGGAGAAGAGUACCUACCAAUCAACAGGUGUACCUAUUAACAUUAUACAUGAGUCCCCUGUCCAGAUCCCCAAGGACCUUGGAGUGUAUGCCUUCAAUAAAGGGGACACAGGUGAAUUUCCUGCCCCGAAUAGCAACAAUGCUGGCAAGCUAGAUUAUUUCUUGAUGGACGGUGCUUCCAUUUUACCUGUCAUUGCCCUUGACCUUCAACCUUCAGACAAAGUCCUUGACCUUUGCUCGGCUCCAGGAGGAAAGACUUUGGUCAUGAAACAGACAAAUCUACCAGAGAGUAUUUUCUGUAAUGAUAUAUCAGGAUCAAGACUCAAUCGCCUACAGAAAGUCUUGCGUAGUUAUAUACCGGAGGAUGUGACUGAUGACAUCACACUCAAACAACAAGAUGGCCGACAGCUGAAGAACCCCCAGUUCAAUAAGGUACUGGUGGAUGUACCAUGUAACACAGACAGACAUGUUCUGUUAGAGGAAGACAAUAAUCUGUUUAAGAGUGGCCGGACUGGUGAACGACUCCAGCUCCCUGUAGUUCAGCGCGACCUACUUGUGGCCGGUAUAUUGUCGUGCAUACAGGGAGGGUCUGUUGUCUACUCCACAUGUACCCUGUCGGCUGCACAGAACGAUGGAAUUAUUCAGUCGGCCCUUGAAUAUAUAUGGCAGGAAACUGAUGUCAAUGUCGCUGUCAUUGACCUUAACCACAUGGCCAAGGCAUUUAGUAAAACAUUCAGGUUCUGGCGAAACAGUAGGUAUGGCCAGCUUGUACUCCCCACACUCAGCUGUAACUUUGGACCGAUGUAUAUAGCUAAACUUAAAGUAUUGGAAAGACCUGUGUGUAAUAAAAAUGAAUAUUAA